CGUUCAGCUCACAUCAACCGAGCGCUGUCGCUUUAAACGUAAGACGACUAUUUCCUAUCCUACUACGACAAAGGAUCGGCUCUUGAAUAUUAAACGCGUGACGCGACCUACCGGACGCUUGAGGAAGGUUACCAAGCAACGUCAGCGUAAGCUACUUAAUAUUCAUGAGCCAAACCUUUUCCGUAGUGAGAUUCGUCAUUGGCUCUGAGCUCAGCGGGAGCAGCAGCGGGGAACUGCACAUUGUUUUGGAUGGGAGUUGCGCUGUCAUUCUCCUCCGAGUGCAUCUCUGAGAGAAACAAAGGCGAAACGGCAACAGCAGCACGGCUUAUUGUUUGAGAAGGCAUGCGGAAAUCACGCUGUUAUUUUUUUUUUUGCGACUACGGAGGCACAGUUUAACAUAACUGCACAUCUGUAUCUCAAAUGUCGCUGUUUCUAGAAUGACACGGUUUUGGACGACGAGGCUUUUUUUGUGGAACAGCGCGCUGAAGCGAAUGCUUUGCCUCGACAACUGACUGGAGAAAGUUGCGUUACAUAUCGGAUGCAUUAGAUGCAUGCUUUGCGACGAUGACAACAAACUACAAAUUGUAACCAAACUGCGAGGAGUGCGGAAUUCACAGUUUUAAAGCCGAAGUCUAAUGAAGACGGUAACCUCAUCUCUAUGCUUAGAUCAGAGGAGAACAGGAGGAUGGGUUUUGGCAGAAGAAGAACGUCUCCACGCUCCUCCACGAGGUGCUUCGCGUGCAGGACUCGGGAGCUCAGGACGUACCUGUUUACGUUUGUGGUGUUUUACCUGUUAGUGUGCACCGAGGGAUCCUAUUCUAAAGCAUGUGAUAAAAACUGCAUCUUUGGAAGGUGCAUCAAUGGAACUUGCGUCUGUGAACGGGGAUGGGCUGGGGAUCAAUGUCAACACUGCCAAGGGAGGUUCAAGUUGACAGAGUCAUCAGGAUCACUCACUGAUGGACCAGUUAACUACAAGUACAAGACUAAAUGCACUUGGCUGAUUGAAGGAUACCCGAAUGCUGUGCUCAGGUUGAGGUUCAACCAUUUUGCCACAGAGUGCAGUUGGGAUCACAUGUAUGUCUUUGAUGGAGAUUCGAUUUACGCACCUUUGGUAGCUGUGUUUAGUGGCCUGGUUGUCCCAGAGACUAAAGGAAAUGAAACCAUUCCUGAGGUGGUGACCACAUCUGGAUAUGCAUUGUUACACUUCUUCAGUGAUGCUGCCUACAAUCUUACAGGAUUCAACAUCUUUUAUUCGAUCAACUCCUGUCCUAAUAACUGUUCAGGCCAUGGAAGAUGUACAACGGGUAACUCUAUCUCCAGCAGUGUUUACUGCGAGUGUGAGCGGUACUGGAAAGGUGAGGCCUGUGAUAUUCCCUACUGUUGGGAUGACUGCGGCAGUCCUGACCGCGGAUACUGCGACCUCACCGGAGAAAAGCUCUGUGUCUGCAAUGAUAGCUGGCAAGGUCCAGAUUGCUCUUUAAAAGUUCCUUCGGCUGAGCCGUACUGGUUUCUGCCUAACGUGAAGCCUGACGGACAGUCACUAGGCCGGGCUUCGCAUAAAGCAGUGGUUCGUGGGAAACUGAUGUGGGUGAUUGGAGGGUUCACCUUUAACUACAGCUUCUUUCAGAUGGUUAUAAACUAUAAUCUAGAAAGCAGCGCAUGGGAUGUAGUUCCGAUCAACGGUGGCCCUCUGCAGCGCUAUGGACACUCUCUGGCUCUUCACGAGGAUGAUAUCUACAUGUUCGGUGGGAAGCUGGAGGCAGGCUCCGGUAAUGUAACAGAUGAACUGUGGCUGUUCGAUACGCGCAGCCGUUCUUGGUCCCUUAGAACACCCAGCCCUGGGCUGCAGGUCCAACCCUUCGCUGUGGAGGGGCAUACCGCUCACAUAGUGGACGGCAAGAACGGAGAACCCGUCAUGGUGGUGCUUUUUGGCUAUUCACCCAUUUAUAGCUACCUCAGCCUUGUCCAGGAGUACAACAUUCGCACUAACUCCUGGUCGGUGGCAGAGACGAAUGGGGCGCUGAUGCAAGGAGGAUAUGGCCACAGCAGCGUUUAUGACAGCUCUUCACAUUCCAUAUAUGUCCACGGAGGAUACAAAGCCCUCCCUGCCAACAAAUACGGCCUGGUGGAUCAUUUGUACCGCUAUCAGGUCCACACGCACACCUGGUUUAUUCUGAAGGAAAGCGGUCUGGCAAGAUACCUCCACUCUGCUGUGCUGAUCAGUGGAGUUCUGCUGGUGUUUGGGGGAAACACUCAUAAUGACACCUCACUCAGUAACGGGGCCAAAUGCUUCUCCUCCGACUUCCUGUCCUAUGACAUCGCAUGUGACGAGUGGACAGUUCUUCCAAAUCCCAAUCUUCAUCGUGACGUCAAUCGUUUCGGACACACAGCAGUUGUCAGUAACGGCUCAAUGUACGUUUUUGGUGGUUUCUCUGGUGUGAUCCUGAACGAUGUUCUGGUGUAUAAACCUGCCAACUGUGAGGCCUUCUUUGAGGUGGAUCUUUGUCAGAGCUCUGGUCCUGGUGUUCGCUGUGUCUGGAUAGAAGAACGCUGUGUACCCUGGGACUCCAGCCAUGCUAAUGACACCUUGCCUGCCUCCUUCUGCCCUGCACGCACCAAUUCAGCUGAUAAGCAGUGUCAGCAGUUUUCAGACUGUGCUUCCUGUACGGCCAACACCAAUGACUGUCAAUGGUGCGAAGACAAGAAAUGCAUCUCUUCUUCAAGCAACUGCACCGUGCUUACGAUUGAGCUUGCCCGCCACCCUCGAGGUCCCCUGUACCUCAACCCUCCCCCCGCAAUGCUUUCUGAGCACCAGCUCUCUAUUUGGAGACCCGGUGUGCGCAAAAAUGGCCAGUCUGUGAAGAACUUUACCAAAUGCAGUGUUCGAAGUGAACAGGUUUGCAGCAAACUGGUGAACUGCAGGAGCUGCUCACUGAACAUUAACUGUCAGUGGGAACCACAACAGCAGGAGUGUCAUGCUUUGCCUGCACAUUUGUGCGGAGAGGGUUGGAGUCAGAUUGGAGAUGCAUGCUUGAGGCUGAACGCGAGCAAGGAGAGUUAUGAUAAUGCCCAGCACUACUGUAAGAACCUGGAUGGCAACAUCGCCUCUCUGACCUCCGCCAGGCAGGUGGACUUCAUACUGGAUGAGCUGCAGAAGUAUCAGAUGCAGGAGAAGAAACUAACUCCCUGGGUGGGUCUAAGGAAGAUAAAUGUUUCAUACUGGGGGUGGGAGGACAUGUCUCCCUUUACUGCCAGCACGCUGCAGUGGUUACCAGGGGAGCCAAGUGACUCAGGCUUUUGUGCGUACCUGGAAAGAGCUGAGGUAGCCGGACUCAAAGCCAAACCCUGCACUGCCAACACAGAGGGGCUGAUCUGUGAGAAGCCAGUUGUGAGCCCAAACCUUAGUGUGCGUCCAUGUAAGAUUCCCUGCGCCCUGCGAACCAGCUGUGCCAACUGCACCAGCCAGGCCAUGGAGUGCAUGUGGUGCAGCAGUACCAAGCGCUGUGUGGAUUCCAAUGCAUACGUCAUCUCCUUCCCCUACGGCCAGUGCCUGGAGUGGCAAACCGGGGACUGUGGCGCUCAGAACUGCUCAGGGCAACGUACAUGCGGUCAGUGCCUGGAGCAUCCUGACUGUGGUUGGUGCGGAGACCCUACAGACACAGGUCAGGGUCAGUGUACUGAGGGAUCAUACCGUGGACCAAUGAGGAGCCUGAGCAGACAGAACAGAGAGAGGGUAUUGGACACCAGUGUCUGUACAAGAGAAAAGGGCUAUAACUGGGCCUACAUAACUUGCCCAGCAUGUCAAUGUAAUGGCCACAGUACGUGUGUUAAUGGGAGUGUGUGCGAGCAGUGCAAGAAUCUCACAACUGGGCUGCAGUGUCAGAUCUGUCUACCUGGUUACUAUGGAGACCCCACCAAUGGAGGGAAAUGCCAAGCCUGCAGAUGUAACAACCACGCUGUCACAUCUCUGGACUCUUUUGCUGUGCUGUGUGCCCGCGCCCGCGUCGCUCCUCCCAGUGCCCGCAAUGUCCUCAGUGGCAAAGGGAACUUAUGGAUCCCAGCAGCCCCGCGGCUUCCUCAGCUCACCAUCCGCACGCCACGGGACUCCAGCUCAGGGAAAUGCUACUGUACCACUAAAGGGGUCAAAGGGGACCAAUGCCAGCUAUGUGAUUCUGAAAAUCGCUACCUUGGCAACCCACUUAGAGGAACAUGCUACUAUAAUCUUCUGAUAGACUACCAGUUCACUUUUAGUCUGCUUCAAGAAGACGAUCAGCACUACACGGCCAUUAACUUCAUGGCGACUCCAGAAGAGACCAAUAAGAACCUCGAUAUGUCGAUUAAUGCAUCCAACAAUUUCAACCUCAACAUUACAUGGUCUAUUGGCUCAACAGCGGGUACGAUCUCCGGGGAGGAAUUCCCCAUAGUGUCCAAGACUAAUAUCAAAGAGUACAGAGACAGCUUCUCCUGUGAGACAUUCUCCUUCCUUGCAAAUCCCAACAUCACUUUCCAUGUUUAUGUCAGCAACUUUUCAUGGCCGAUCAAAAUACAGAUUUCCUUCUCUCAGCACAGCAGCAUCAUGGACCUGGUGCAGUUUUUUGUCACAUUUUUCAGCUGUUUCCUGUCCCUGCUGCUGGUUGCUGCUGUGGUUUGGAAAGUCAAACAGACGUGCUGGGCAUCACGCAGGAGAGAGCAACUAAUGCGAGAGCGCCAGCAGAUGGCCAGCCGUCCGUUUGCGUCCGUUUCAGUGGCGCUUGAGGCUCCAGAGGAAGAGGAGGAGCUUCUGCAGGGCCAGGUGGAGGCUAGUCCCAUAGCAAUGGAGCCAUGUUCUGGGAAUUGCGCUGCUGUGCAAACAUUGCUGAUGAGUCUUCCACGGGCAUCUUCUGGUUUGCCUCCCCCCGGCCAGUGUGGCAUUACCAUAGCCAGUGCUCUUAUUGAUAUGUCUCAGCAGAGGGCCGGCGACUUCAAAGACAAGGGCUUGGGUCUAAAGAGCCGUAAACAGCAGCACACGGUGCACCAGGGAACCUGCGUUUGAACCAGCCGCCUGACCUCGCUGGACACACUGAUUCUCAGCUUUUUUUCUCCUUCUCUCUCGUUCUCUGCCACUACAAGGAGAUGGUGUUGAUGAGCAGGGAGCUCUUGAAGUGUAAAUGACAAAGGAGGGUCGAGACAUUAGUAGUCCGUGUGUGGCUCCUCCUGAAUUGCACGCUCCAUAGUGGAGCUCGUAUUCCCUCAGUAUUGCUUGAACCUCUGUGGAGGACAUCUGCAUUUUGAUUGCACCCACUGGGUUUCUGUUUUCAACAGCUGUUUCUCUGAAAGGGAGGGAGUGUGUAGAUGAAACUCACUCGGACCCAAAAUAGGAACAAGUUUCAGGCCAGAAUUAAUCAUCUGAUCACGCGUGUAGAGGCAUUCAGAAGAAGCCUGCCUCUGCUUUCAGGGUUUUGUCUCGUUAUUUAGUAAAGUGUCUGUUGAUGACUCUUUAAUAGACUAAUUAUCAUUAGCUGAGGACUGUAUUUGGUACAUACUGUAUGGUGUUUUGUAAUGGUCUUGGUGUGUGGAAAGUGGAAUUUUAGAGAUUAGAUUGGAUUCGUCCUAAACUCACGCACUCGACCACGUGGAAUUAAAAACUGGGGUUUGAGUUUUAAGUCCGUAUAUUUUAGAUUUGAGGUUGUCUGGAUGCUACACUGAAAAGAUUUUGGUGUAGGAUUCAAUUACAAAGAGCAAAAAUAAACACACUGAAUUUAACAUGCUUUUGUAAAGUAGAAAGACUGUAUAGACUCCAAUGAUCUAAUUAAUUAGAAAAAUCUUCUUUUUUUUUACGCUAGCUAAAAUUAUUAAAUAUAUUGUCAAAUUAUUCUAUAUAAUAUUUUAGCAGAUAUACUCUACCAUUCUAGUUUGGAGUGAGUAAGAUAUGUAUACGUAAAUGUUUUAAUCAGCAAGUAUGCAUUAAAGGUGACAAAACAUUGUAAAUGUAACUCCACCGAAUUUCGAAUACAUACUUUUAUUUUCAACUUUCCAUUCAUCCAUCUUUGGGCAAAAGAAAAAGUUUCAGCAUUGAUAAAGCAGGAUUAAGCAUGAUUAAACAUGACAUUACAUGAUUAUAAUGCAACCUUAGUGAGCAUAACAAACUUUUGGAACGGUAGUGUACAUAUUUAGUUGGUCUUUUUCAUCCCGACAACACCUGCUUUUUUUGUCUAGUCCCAGUGAAAAUAUUCCUGAAGUUCAAACACAGGGUGUUUUGGUAGUGCUGCAGAAAGAGCGUUUACAGUCUUACUACAAAUGGCUGACAUGUGGUUGUGUGUGCAUGACUUAAAAGAAAGUGUAUUAAUCUUCCAAUCCACAGGGUUUUUCAGCAUCAUUUGAUUUGCUACGGAUUUACCUUAUGGAGCUUUAUCUGCCAUAAACUAGUGCUAGGAUCAUCAGAUACGUGUCGGCAGAGAGUUGAAAUGAAGGCUUGAAAUAGACCUAAAAUAUCAGAAGGGUUCUGUGGGAAAAAAAUCAUUGGUUUGUGUGUUUAAUGUCUAGUGUUCACAAAAUCAUCAGGCUACUAUUGCCAUUAGUACAUACAGUAUGUCCAUGUCUUAACUCAGUGUUGUUUAACAAUAAAGCCAAGAAACACUUACCUGCA